CUGGCGGUUCGUUUUGGGAAAUCUGCGCACUGAGUGGAGGUUUCAGAUGUCAAUUUCGGGGUUUCGCUCCAUCGUGUUGGGCUGAAAGGUUUUUUGUAGCCUUCAGUGGGGACGGGAGUAAGAUGUGUGUGCUCGCUUGGAGUUUGCGAAGCCAAUGGUUACGGCUGAGGGAACGCUGGAUUCGACAGCAUCAGAUGCUAUGAUUUCAUUCAACGCAUCGAUUAUCCAAGAAGCAAUGUCGUUGAGCAAGUUCAAGUAAUUUAAAACAAUCCGAACUCAAAUGAGAGAAACAAGUUGGUCAAAGUACCACAUAGUUUUAGCAUUGUUAUGUUUAUGACUUUUAAUGCUUCACUGCAGCAGAAUUAGGAGGUCCUGACAAUUAUAAGGAAAUGAAUUGGAUUUCGGUAUUGGAUUUCGUAAUACUUUACUUCACGGUCUUUCAACAUAAGCUCGGAGCUGUAGACGGAUAUGGGGACGAAGACGAUCGGAGAUGCGAUCCCAUCAAAAUCUCAAUGUGCCAGAAUUUGGGAUACAAUGUAACAAAAAUGCCGAAUCCAGUGGGUCAUGAGUUGCAAACAGACGCCGAGUUACAGUUACAAACCUUUACACCUUUGAUUCAAUAUGGCUGUUCCAGCCAACUACAGUUCUUUUUAUGUUCAGUUUUUGUGCCGAUGUGUACGGAGAAAAUCGACAUCCCGAUCGGCCCGUGUGGCAGCAUGUGCCAGUCUGUGAAGCGGAGAUGUGAACCUGUCCUAAUCGAAUUCGGUUUCAGUUGGCCCAAGACGUUAAACUGCAGCAAAUUCCCACCAAAAAACGACCACAACCACAUGUGCAUGGAGGGUCCAGGAGACGAAGACAUCCCCUAUCACACCAGCAAAACCACCAUCUCAGCGGAGGAAGAGUGCACGAGCAUGGGCGACAACGUGGAUCAUUAUAUCUGGGUCAAGAGAAGUCUCACUUGUGCCUUGAAGUGUGGCUACGACGUCGGUUUGUACAGUCGAUCUGCCAAAGAGUUCACUGAUAUUUGGAUGGCGGUUUGGGCCAGUCUGUGUUUUCUGUCAACAGCUUUCACAGUUCUGACAUUCCUAAUCGAUUCUUCUCGAUUUUCGUACCCGGAGCGCCCAAUCAUCUUCCUCAGCAUGUGCUACAACAUUUAUAGCAUCGCAUUUAUAGUCAGACUCACUGUGGGCAGAGAACGUAUAUCAUGUGAUUUCGAGGACGCUGCCGAGCCUGUGCUAAUUCAAGAAGGUCUCAAAAAUACUGGAUGUGCCAUUGUUUUCUUGCUGAUGUAUUUUUUUGGGAUGGCGAGCUCCAUCUGGUGGGUAAUUUUGACACUGACUUGGUUCUUAGCCGCUGGUCUCAAAUGGGGACACGAGGCCAUAGAGAUGCACAGUUCCUACUUUCACAUCGCUGCGUGGGCCAUCCCCGCUGUAAAAACCAUUGUUAUUCUGAUCAUGCGCCUAGUGGAUGCCGAUGAACUCACGGGGUUGUGUUAUGUUGGAAACCAGAACAUCGAUGCAGUCACUGGGUUUGUGGUCGCACCUUUAUUCACUUACUUGGUUAUCGGAACCUUGUUCAUAGCAGCUGGUCUGGUGGCUUUGUUCAAAAUCAGAUCAAACCUUCAGAAAGACGGGACCAAAACAGACAAGCUGGAAAGGCUGAUGGUAAAAAUCGGGGUCUUUUCUGUUCUGUAUACAGUCCCAGCCACUUGCGUUAUUGCCUGUUACUUUUAUGAGAUUUCAAACUGGAAUCUUUUCAAGCAUUCAGCAGACGAUUCGAACAGAGCAGUAGAGAUGUUAAAGAUUUUCAUGUCUUUGUUGGUGGGCAUCACUUCUGGCAUGUGGAUUUGGUCUGCCAAAACAUUCCACACUUGGCAAAAGUGUUCAAACAGACUUGUGAGUUCAGGACAAACGAAACGAGAUAAACGUGGAGAUGUCUGGGUUAAACCAACCAAAGGCAAUGAAACAGUUGUAUAACUGCGUGAAAUGUUGGAAGAGCAAAGAACAAUGUCCCUUUUGUGGGUUUACAUAAGUUUGAUUUCAAAGCUUUACAAAUGAAAUUUGCCUUGUUUUUCAUCAUGUGCAUCAUUUUUAGAAAGUUCAGAAUAUAUAAAGUUUCUCUGACAGCUUCUGAGAAAAUCAGUUAAUAGUUUUUUGGGAAACAUUGAAAAUUACCUAAUGUAAAGUUUCCCGAGUCUAUACUCUCAAAGGAUGUAGCCACUUAGUACAAACAAGGUGGUGACCAGGUUCACCAGAUUUCAAGAUGUAAUAUCUCUGCACAGUAUCUUCUGGGCAAUUAUUUAGAACUUGGGGAAAUACAGAGAACGCAAGCCAAAGAAAGGUUUUUACAAGCUUCAGACAGAUCAAUAGAAUAAAAGAACACUACAGCAAGGAAACUGACAUUUUAGUCCAGCUCUUCCAUGCCAACUAAGUUGCCUAACUGUGCUAGCCCCACUUGCUCCAUAAAUAUUAUAAUGUCUACAUGGAAAUACUUCAGUUAAAGAAUCCUACCACCGUUUACAUAGGCAUUAUGUAUUGUACACUGGAAAUGUCGAGCAAAAUAUGAUUGAGGCACAACCCUAGCCCAGCAUUGCAAUCUGGACAGCAAAGUGCACUAUAUCCAAUCUUUGUAUGUAUUGAAAUGGGUUGUUAUAUAUUAAUAUCUCUGGACAUUAAAUCUGCCUCCUUAUUUUAUACGUGUAGAUGAACUUGUAUAAAAGGACUAUAAACACAGCAGGCUGAUCGUGGAUCAGUGUUAAUCGACGUGUGCCCACAUAUUUAAAAUCCUCAGUGCCUUGCAAGCAGAUUGACUGCACAGUCUUCCAUUCACUGCAACAUUAAAGAAAGAUAUUUUCUACAUUUAGGCGUAAAUUUCUGCAGAGGUCAUUAAUGAUAAUUCAUCCUUUGAGGAGUGUUAGUAUUGUGCCUGUCAAACUAAAAUAGAUAUGAAGAUAAUAUAAUGAACCCUGUAAUGAACCUAUGCUCACAAAUCCACAAGGAUGGAAAUCUACCAUUAGGAAAUUGUGCUAGAAAUUAAGUGCAGACCAUAACAUAAAAAGGAAAAUCUAUUUUAGUGGGAUAUGCUUAAUUUGAAUUGUCAUAAUCUAUUUCUCUUUGGAACUAUGUAUUUCCAGCUUUCUGUGUUUUAUACAAUCCCAUCAAUAUGAAUGAAGGAGAAGUAAAAGCUAUGAAAAGCCCUUCCUGUUACAGUGGAAAAGAACAAUAUGCAUCUUGGGGUGACUUGAAUAGUUUUUUUAUGUAGCUUGCAACAUUCAAUCAUGCAACAGACCCUGUAAAUAUGCAUUGGUUUUCUUCUGUUUCGUUAUGUUUUUCAAUAUGCAGGUUUUAAUGUCCAUAGAAUGACAUUCUUACCAAAGUUAUGUGUUGCAACUGUAAAUAUGUUUUGAAAGUGAUUGAAGAAUUCAGCAUUCAAAUGUUUUACCAAGAAGCUUCUAAUGCAGUGGCAAAUGCUCCAAACUGAGUGAUAGAGAAAAUUACAUCUACAUAUGUGGAGGGAUCAAACAAACAAUUUCUUUUUUGUUACUAUAGUCGGAAAAGACAAUUCAGUUGAAAUUUUACUGAUUUUUGUUGUGUUUAAAUCUGUGGGCUGACUGCAGUCAAUUUAAAAUGUGACUUGUUCAUUUUUGUCCUUGGAAAAAGAUGUAACAA